AUGAAUACUAGGAAUAACAGAGGUAAUGUAAAGAGUCUAGCAAUUGAAUACAGAUAAAAUGUAAAUAACCUAUUUCAUUAAGAUAAGCAAUAAUACAAUCCUCAUUUGCUUAAAAAUAUAUACAAAUCUAUAAACGAUCAACAAGUCAUAGAAGCUAAACCAAUACCAAUUCAGCAAUAUGUCUUUUAAUACAACAACAGCCAAGGCUCAAAUUCUUAAAAUCAAUCACCCAAACUUUCCCCUGAGAGAAAAUAACAGGACUUAAAUAUCUACAGAUCCUGUCUCAUCGACAAAAACAAGUCAGAUAUAGGUAUUCAUGUGAAGAAAUAGUUUCUCAGAAAUGAUUUUCUUGGAAAUGAUUACAAUGAACUAUUGUAGAAGAGUGUAAAUUCUAAUGAUCCUUAUAAGGAAACAGAUGUGUAAUCUGGUGGGGGAUCUAUUACAAAUACCUUACCUAAUUAGUUUAAGACCAUAACAUUGAACGAGACAUCAAAUUAAAGCUCAUAGAAAUCUCUAAUCUUCAACAAUCCAUAUGUAAAUUAAUUGGCAGAUACCAAUAGAUAUUAUUAGUAAGAAAUCAUAAGCAGAUAUAAGCAGCCAAAUACUAGAAUACAUAGUCUCGAUCAAAGCAAAAACCUAGACAUCCCUAAUACACUACAGCAGAGAAAUCAAUAAUAGAUUUAGGAAUUCCUAUAAAAUUAAGACAAUGGAUAUGUUGGAUAAGAUCAUAUGCUGAGGAGUAAAUUCAACAACAGAAAGCUAAGCAAUUAUGCUGCUUAAAAUAUGCUUAGUUCAUCUGUCAACGAGCGUUUAUCGUAAAAUGAGGACAGUAUUAUCCAAAACCUAUAUAAGACUCCAGAAAUUAUUAAUAAAUAUCAGAAUAGAUUCGACUUGCUUUUCAAGCAUCAACCUUCUCCAGAAAGAUAGAUGAAUGAAGCAGGAUCUGAUAUAAUUAAAAUCUUACCCCAAGUCUCAUAGUCCCUAGAUUUUGGAAAUCUUAGAAAUAGAUAAUAGGAUGAUUUUAAGACUUUUAUCCCAUUAGACAUAUCCUAGGAUUCUUCCACUAUUUAAUAGCAACAACUUUAAUCUUAAAUCUAAUAAUCUAUUUUCGACAAUUAUAAAAAUCGACAAAGCCACAUCAAAUUAGUGUCUCAACAAAGAAGACGUAAAAUCAAUGUUAGUGAGAUUUAAGAUCGAUAUUUAAAUAAGCUAGUUGAGAAACCGAGAAGGAUAAUCCCUAAAUUCGAGAAACUGCCCUUUUUAGAAAAGGAUUUUAAGUAUGGUGGGCCAGUUAAUCUGCCUACAUCACAGGAUUAUGGAUAGUUUCACUUAUGA